AUGGCUUUCAUUUCCAGAUCUAAACCCUUUCAGUGGAGAGCUAGGGUUUAUCACUCGCUUCCCAGAUCGUCAGACUCGUCGUCUUUCCUCUCAUUCUCCCGUUUAUUCAGCUCGAUUGAAGAAAUCCAGAACCCAGUCGCAAACCCAGAAAUCCAAUCCACCGAUGCUGCUAAACCCGAGACGAUCGAUGCUGCAAACCCAGAGACUCCCUUAGCUGCAAAACCCGAUACGGAAAAUCUGGGCUCGUCAACGGUAACGGUGGGGAGGCCGCUCAGGGAGAGAUCCCAACGAGGUAAGCGUCAAAACCAUGAAAAGCUAGAGGAUACAAUAUGUAGAAUGAUGAAUAGCCGCGAUUGGACGACCCGAUUACAGAACUCGAUCCGAGAUCUCGUACCCGAAUGGGAUCACUCUCUCGUCUACAACGUCUUGCACGGCGCCAAGAAACUCGAUCACGCUCUCCAAUUCUUCCGGUGGACGGAGAGAUCCGGAUUGAUUCGCCACGAUAAAGAGACCCACAUGAAAAUGAUCGAGAUGCUGGGGCAAGCCCAGAAGCUCAAUCACGCUCGUUGCAUUCUAUUGGACAUGCCUGAAAAGGGGCUUCCUUGGGAUGAGGACAUGUUCGUGGUGCUCAUCGAGAGCUAUGGCAAAGCCGGAAUCGUUCAGGAGUCUGUUAAAAUCUUCCAGAAGAUGAAGGAAAUGGGUGUUGAGAGGACGAUUAAGUCGUAUGAUACUCUGUUUAAAGUGAUUCUCAGGCGUGGGAGGUAUAUGAUGGCGAAACGGUAUUUCAAUAAGAUGGUUGGUGAAGGUAUAGAGCCAACAAGGCACACUUACAAUCUAAUGCUGUGGGGAUUCUUUUUGUCUCUGAGGCUUGAGACUGCUUUGAGGUUUUACGAAGAUAUGAUCAGUAGAGGGAUCUCGCCGGAUGUUGUUACGUACAACACUAUGAUCAAUGGUUAUUGCAGGUUUAAGAAGAUGGACGAGGCGGAGAAGAUGUUUGUGGAGAUGAAAGGGAAGAACAUUGAGCCUAGCGUUGUGAGCUACACGACGAUGAUUAAAGGGUAUCUUGCUGAAGGAAGAGUUGAUGAUGCGUUGAGAGUGUUUGAGGAGAUGAGAUCUUCUGGUGUUGAGGCUAAUGCUACUACGUACUCCACGUUGUUGCCUGGCUUGUGUGAUGCAGGGAAGAUGGUGGAGGCUAAGAAUGUGUUGAAGAGUAUGAUGGCAAGACACAUUGCUCCGAAAGAUAACUCCAUCUUCCUCAAGCUUUUGGUCUCUCAGAGCAAAGCUGGGGAUAUGGCUGCAGCUACUGAGGUGCUUAAAGCCAUGGCCACACUGAACGUUCCAGCGGAAGCUGGACACUACGGGGUGUUGAUAGAGAAUCAAUGCAAGGCUAAUGCGUAUAAUCGUGCGAUCAAGCUUUUAGAUGUUCUUGUUGAGAAAGAAAUCAUAUUGAGGCAUCAGGAUACGUUGGAGAUGGAGCCAACCGCGUUUAUCCCGAUUAUAGAGUACUUGUGUGACAAUGGACAGACGUCGAAAGCGGAAGUGCUGUUCAGGCAGCUGAUGAAGAGAGGUGUGCAAGAUCAAGAGGCGUUGAACAAUCUGAUCCGUGGACAUGCGAAGGAAGGAAACCCGGAUUCGAGUUACGAGAUUUUGAAGAUAAUGUCGAGGAGGAAAGUGCCUAGAGAAGCGAAUGCGUACGAGCUGCUUAUCAAGAGCUACAUGAGCAAAGGAGAGCCUGGUGACGCGAAAACCGCGCUUGAUAGUAUGAUUGAAGACGGGCAUGUUCCGGAUUCGUCGCUGUUCAGGUCAGUGAUUGAGAGUUUGUUCGAGGACGGUAGGGUGCAGACCGCGAGCCGUGUGAUGAUGAUCAUGAUUGAUAAAAACGUUGGCGUGGAAGAGAAUAUGGAUUUGGUUGGGAAGAUCUUGGAAGCUCUGUUGAUGAGAGGGCACGUUGAGGAAGCCCUGGGGCGUAUAGAUCUUCUGAAUCAGAACGGACACUCGGUUGAUUUGGACAGGCUUUUGUCUGUCGUGAGCGAGAAAGGGAAGACGAUUGCGGCGUUGAAGCUGUUGGAUUUCGGGUUGGAGAGGGAUCUUAGCUUGGAGUUUUCGAGCUAUGAUAAGGUUUUGGAUGCGCUUUUGGGAGCUGGGAAGACUCUGAAUGCGUACUCGGUUCUGUGUAAGAUCAUGGGGAAAGGAAGUGGUGUGAGUGAUUGGAAGAGCUGUGAUGAGCUGAUCAAGAGCUUAAACCAGGAAGGGAAUACAAAGCAAGCCGAUGUGCUUUCUAGAAUGAUGAAAAAGGGACUAGGAAGCAAGAACGAGAAGAAACAGAGCACAGUCUCUCUAUAA